GAACGCGCAGCCAGGAGAGCCAGUCUCCUGCCUCCCCCCCCACCCCUCCAGCGCCUGCUCCUCCUCCGCUCCCCAUACACAGACACGCUCACACCCGCUCCUUCACUUGCACACACAGACACACGCGCGCUCACACGCUCCGCACACACACUCCACUCUCUCCCGCGCGCUCACACCCCUCUCUCUCGGCGCCCUCGCCGGUGUCGCGCCGCGCCGCAGCCGGACGCCCCUCCAGGGCUCACUUUGCAACGCUGACAGAGCGGGCAGUGGCCGUGGAGGUGGGAAACGUGGCGACAUCCUACCCCCUGGUCGCAGCCGGAGACUGGACGCCUGCGGAACCUCUCGGCGGCGCUCUCCCAUGAGUUGGGAUCGCAGCAUCCCCAGCCAGCCGCUGCUCACCGCCUCUGGGAGCCGCUGGGUUUGUGCACCGCAGCCCUUCCGGGACAGCAGCUGUGACUCUCCCCCAAUCCAGAUUUCGGGGUCGCUCUCUAGAAACUCGCUCUAAAGACGGAACCUCCACAGAACCCAAAGCCCACUGCGGGAGAGCGCAGCCCGACAAGCCCGGGCGCUGAGCCUGGACCCUCAACAGAGCGGGCCAGCACAGCGGCGGCGGCUGCUUCGCCUAUCCCGACGUCCCCGCCUCCUACACUCUCAGCCUCCGCUGGAGAGACCCCCAGCCCCACCAUUCAGCGCGCAAGAUACCCUCCAGAUAUGCCCUGCGUGCAAGCCCAAUAUAGCCCUUCGCCUCCGGGGUCCACUUAUGCCACGCAGACUUAUGGCUCGGAAUACACCACAGAAAUCAUGAACCCCGACUACGCCAAGCUGACCAUGGACCUCGGUAGCACGGGGAUCAUGGCCACCGCCACGACGUCCCUGCCCAGCUUCAGUACCUUCAUGGAGGGCUACCCCAGCAGCUGCGAACUCAAGCCCUCCUGCCUGUACCAAAUGCCGCCUUCCGGGCCUCGGCCUUUGAUCAAGAUGGAAGAGGGUCGCGAGCAUGGCUACCACCACCACCAUCACCAUCACCAUCAUCAUCACCACCACCACCAGCAGCAGCAGCCGUCCAUUCCUCCUCCCUCUGGCCCCGAGGACGAGGUACUGCCCAGCACCUCCAUGUACUUCAAGCAGUCUCCGCCGUCUACGCCGACCACUCCAGGCUUCCCCCCGCAGGCGGGGGCGCUGUGGGACGACGAGCUGCCCUCUGCGCCUGGCUGCAUCGCUCCGGGACCGCUGCUGGACCCGCAGAUGAAGGCAGUGCCCCCAAUGGCCGCUGCUGCGCGCUUCCCGAUCUUCUUCAAGCCCUCACCGCCACACCCUCCCGCGCCCAGCCCAGCCGGCGGCCACCACCUGGGCUAUGACCCCACGGCCGCAGCUGCGCUCAGUCUACCCCUGGGAGCCGCGGCCGCCGCGGGCAGCCAAGCUGCUGCGCUCGAGGGCCAUCCGUACGGGCUCCCGCUGGCCAAGAGGACGGCCACGCUGACCUUCCCUCCGCUGGGCCUCACAGCUUCCCCUACCGCGUCCAGCCUGCUGGGAGAGAGCCCCAGCCUACCAUCGCCACCCAAUAGGAGCUCAUCAUCCGGCGAGGGCACGUGUGCUGUGUGCGGGGACAAUGCUGCCUGCCAGCACUACGGAGUCCGCACCUGCGAGGGCUGCAAGGGCUUCUUCAAGAGAACGGUGCAGAAAAACGCAAAAUAUGUUUGCUUGGCAAAUAAAAACUGCCCGGUAGACAAGAGACGUCGAAAUCGAUGUCAGUACUGCAGGUUUCAGAAGUGUCUCAGUGUCGGGAUGGUGAAGGAAGUUGUGCGUACAGAUAGUCUGAAAGGGAGGAGAGGUCGUCUGCCUUCCAAACCAAAGAGCCCACUACAACAGGAGCCCUCGCAGCCCUCCCCACCAUCUCCUCCGAUCUGUAUGAUGAACGCCCUUGUCCGAGCUUUAACAGACGCAACGCCCAGAGACCUUGAUUACUCCAGAUACUGUCCCACCGACCAGGCCACUGCGGGCACAGACGCUGAGCACGUGCAGCAGUUCUACAACCUUCUGACGGCCUCCAUCGACGUGUCCAGAAGCUGGGCAGAAAAGAUCCCCGGAUUCACUGAUCUCCCCAAAGAAGAUCAGACGUUACUUAUAGAAUCAGCCUUUUUGGAGCUGUUCGUUCUUAGACUUUCUAUCAGGUCAAACACUGCUGAAGAUAAGUUUGUGUUCUGCAAUGGACUUGUCCUGCAUCGACUUCAGUGCCUUCGCGGAUUUGGGGAGUGGCUCGACUCCAUUAAAGACUUUUCUUUAAAUUUGCAGAGCCUGAACCUUGAUAUCCAAGCCUUAGCCUGCCUGUCAGCACUGAGUAUGAUCACAGAGCGACAUGGGUUAAAAGAACCAAAGAGAGUGGAGGAGCUAUGCAACAAGAUCACAAGCAGCUUGAAGGACCACCAGAGGAAGGGACAGGCUCUGGAGCCCUCAGAGCCCAAGGUCCUGCGCGCACUGGUGGAACUGAGGAAGAUCUGCACCCAGGGCCUCCAGCGCAUCUUCUACCUGAAGCUGGAGGACUUGGUGUCCCCACCUUCUGUCAUCGACAAGCUCUUCCUUGAUACCCUGCCUUUCUGAGCAGGGGAAGCCUGAGCAGAGAGCUACUUGCUCUGCUGGCACUGGUCAUUAAGUGAGCAAAAGGAUGGGUUUGAACACCUGCCCCUCUAUCCUUCCUCCAGGGGAAAAAGCAGCUCCCAUAGAAAGCAAAGACUUUUUUUUUUCCUGGCACCUUUCCUUACAACCUAAAGCCAGAAACCUUGCAGAGUAUUGUGUUGGGGUUGUGUUUUAUAUUUAGGCUUUGGUGGGUGGGCUGGGAGGGGGUAAAAUAGUUCAUGAGGCUUUUCUAAGAAAUUGCUGACGAAGCACUUUUGGAUGAUGCUAUCCCAGCAGUGGGGUGGGGAGAAAGGAUAAUAUAACUGUUUUAAAAACUCUUUCCGGGGGAAUAUGACUAUGGUUGCUUUGUAUUUAAAAAUAAGAACAGCCAAGGGCUGUUCACCAGGAUAGGGCUGUGUCUUAAGACUGAUCCCUUUAGUAUGUACUUCCCGGAUCGAGGCACAUAAGUGGUGCAAAUGAGGCGGGGAAAUUCUUCAUUUCUUCAUUUCUUUCUUCUUCUUAAAAAAAAAAAUGGCAAAAAAAAAAGAUGGAAGAUUAUCUACAAAUCAGACUUAGCAAAAUGAUAAUGGCUAUUCGCUUCCACAUACAAGUGCAAUUUUUUAGAGUGCUGUCUUACUAAGUCUUGUUUGUGAACUCUCCCUCAUUUUAUAUGAAAAUAAGAAGGAAGCAGUCAUGUUAUCAAACGGCGUGCUCAUUUUCCUAGCUCACCCUUGGUCCACCUGUCCUGUAGAACCCUUCGGAGGUAUGGCCCUUCUAAGACUUUCAGGCCACUCUUGAUGGAAUUCGACACCCCUCCCCCCAACCCAUGACUAUCCAGAUGUCCUGAAGGGGGAUCAGGUUAUAAAAUGGAUUGCAUACGACUGUGUUCGCUGUGUGUUUGUCAACCUGGACAGAGUUCUCUAAACCUUCUUUAGUUGUAGCAAGUUCCUGAUUCCUCCAUUCAGAAGCCCAAGGAGCAUUGGGUGACUCGAUCAAGGGUUAACCCUAGGAGAACAUGCAAAUAAGUAGGAACUGGGUCAGACAGGGUAAGCACCAGAGAUGAUAAGGAUUUAUAUAUAAAUAUAUAUAAAAUUAAUUUUUGUUAUUGGUUAGAGACAAUUUUGGAAAGCAAGAGAAUCAUCUCUCUUUUUUUUUUUUUUAAAGAGGAAAAGAUAGUAUUGAUGUACUAGCAAAGAUUAGUGGGUUGCGGUUCAACAUUCCGUGUUUGUGCCCCCUUUUCUAUGUUUCUACUGUUGAUGGCAUAUUAUUAUGAAAUGAUUCGUCGCAUAGUGUCCUUAUUUGUAUGAACAUUUGUAUGCACGUUCUAUUGUAAUCGCUUUGCCUGUAUUUAUUGCAAGACCACCAGCUCCUGGAGGCUGAGUUACAGAAUAAUCAAAUGGGGUGUUCGUGGUGACUUGGAUACACCGGUUAGAAAUUAUAUAAGCAUAUAUAUAUAAAAACAUAGCAGGUUACAUAUAUAUUUAUAAUGUGUCUUUUUAUUAACCAUUUGUACAAUAAAUGUCACUUCCCACGCAGUUAUUUUAUCCUUCAUUUGCAGUGACCUUUAAGGCAGCACUGUUUAGCACUUUGAUAUGAAAUUUUUGCUUAUGUUUUGCUAAAUUCAAAUAACGUUUGAAGAUUUUUAGGUCUAAAAGUCUUUAUAUUAUAUACUCUGUAUCAAGUCAAGAUACCUUUGGCCGUUUUGCUAAGACUCAAACUUUGAAUGUCAAACCAAUGUCACGGUAGCUUCUGUUAGCUUUUAAUCAUUUUUGCUUUAGUCUUUUUUUUUUUAAAAAAAAAAAAAGAAAAAGAAAAAAACAAACUAUACUGUUUAUAUUGUCAUUAAAUUAUACAAUCAAACAAAUGCCAAAUGACUUGCCUAAUUGCUGCAAAGUAUAACCCGGAUAGCGAACCAUGUCCUCUCCCUUUCUUCGCAACUCACUUGGAUAUUUGAUCAUGUAUUUUGUUUGUGUAAGAUUUUAUGAGAUAUAUUACCUUCCUAUCACAAUGACAGGACCUGGAAUGUUAAGAUUUCUGAACCUCAGACUUGGAAGGGUGCCUGACUCACCAGAUCUGAGAAGAUCUCCUGAAAUUCCCAAAGGAGGAAACUGGGGGCCACUGCAGGGCAAGCAGGUAGCAACAGAAUUAAGACUCAGACUUAAUUGGCCUUUCCUUAGUCUCUCCCUCGUCUUACUUUCAAAAAAUAGACUUUUGAACAUAGUCACUCAUACUAACGUUCUUCCUGCAGACGGCCUUGAAUAAAGCAGUACUUUGGCAUUAAUUUAUCGAGCUUACAUGCAAACCUAAUAAACAUCAUUAAAUAUCAGGAAAGCUAACAUUUCACACGAGAUCGCUUCAGACCAAAUUCAAUUUGAAUUUGAAUAAAUUAGAAAUACUGUGCAUACAUAACCUUCUUGUGCACCUUGAGUAUUGGAAAGUUAAUCCUUGGUUUUUUGUUUUGUUUUGUUUUGUUUUGUUUUUUUGUCCUGUCUGAAAGGCAAAGCAAAACAGCAGCACGGUGCUCUGGGAGAUGCUGUGCCCCUUCUGUCCUCACACCCACAGACUGAAGGGAAAGGACUGACUGAGCAUCUAUCUGCUGGGUUGAAGAAUGAUGAGGCUGUUUUAGUUAAGGGCCAGACACUAGUGCUGAAAGGAAAGACUACAGCCAGUGUCCUUCUGUCUUCCAUAGUUAUCACAACUAUGAGAGCCUCUUAGGUCACCAUUUUUAAAUGUUGACACCCAAGUGUACACGGAGUGGACCGGCACACUAGCUCUUUGGAGGACAAGCAUUAAAGCAGGUGAUUCCUCCCCCUGAAGGGAGGGCUCUUUCAGUGUGAACCCGUCCUCAGUGGGGGGUGGGGGGGAAACAGGAAUCCACUUGCUGUUCUUGGAGAGUGCCUUGCUUUUGUUUCAAAUGGCCAAGUCUCCCAAGUCCUUCUCCUCUAACGGCAUUGCUUUUAGUAAGUGUGUGUUAACCUGUGGUUUGAAAGAAAUGCUCUUGUACAUUAACAAUGUAAAUUUAAAUGAUUAAAUUAAAUUACAUUUUACCAAUGGC